CGAACUCAUUAAAAGCUGCCAAUAUUCGAAUUCGAGGGCCUUCCAGUUUUCUCUCUUGCUUCCAUUUUAUAGAUUUUGGUUUUGAUUUCGAUCUCGAAAAGGGUUUGGAUUUGGAACUCAUCAAUCGAUGGCGGAAUCUGAGGUGGAGUCUGAUCAGAUCAGCGUGGAGACGGAUCAAACGAAGAUGACCGAGGAGGAGAGACUCCAAUACCUGGAAUUUGUUCACUUGGCAACAAUCCAGGCUCUAAUGUACGUCUCGAGGCUGUAUGGUUUUGCCAGGGAGAACUCCGGGCCGUUGAAGCCCGGUGUCAAGACGGUGGAGGGCACCGUCAAGGCCGUUGUGGGCCCCGUUUAUGAAAAGUUCAGCAGCGUUCCUCUCGACGUCCUCAAGUUUGUUGACCGCAAGGUUGGGGACGCCGUGGAAGAGAUAGACCGUCAUGUACCAUCCUUGAUAAAGGAGGCAUCAACCCAAGCCUACACCGCAGCUCAGAAGGCCCCGGUCCUCGCCCGCUCCCUCUCCAACGAGGUUCAACGCACAGGCGUGGUAGGGACCGCCAAGGAGCUCGCCAGGGCUGCUAUCUCCAAAGCCGAACCAACUGCCAAAUCCCUCUAUGUAAAAUGCGAACCUGUGGCGGAGCAAUACGCUGUAUCAACAUGGAGGUCGCUGAACAAGCUCCCGGUGUUCCCUCAGGUGGCAGGGAUGGUGAUCCCCACGGCAGCCCGCUGGACGGAGAGGUACAACAGGGCAGUUUGCUACUCGGCGGAGAAGGGGUAUCCGGUUGCUGGGUAUUUGCCUGUGGUGCCGACGGAGAGGAUUGCUAAGGUGUUUGGUGGGGAGGAGAAAGGGAAGAGGGUUGAGUGAAUGUGAAUGUUUGUGUCUGGUUAAUGUUCAUGUUAAAAGAAUUGUUGUGGAUCUGUUGCAAACUUUUUAACUGCUGGAUUUGGGUGUUGUGAAUAUAAUGUUGUUUGCUGCUGCUUGUAUUUUGACCUGUUGUGUGAACCUGACAGAUUUAUAACAACAAGUUGCCAAGUAAA